CCCCCACUGUUACAUACAGGCACAGAGGCAGGCAAGUCAAGCAAGGACUUGGAAAGAGGAGAGGGGGCUGGAGACAGGCUGCCAGAGGGCUCAUAAGUCCAGUGCACCUCCCUGUCCCAACUUUGUCCACCUGCUGCUUUGGCCACAUUAACAGAAGAAACAGCUAGUAAAACAGGAAGUGAGACCUAGUACUUUGUGGACAGUGGUGUCAUUAGCUGUGACACCUAAGAUGUCUCAAGAGAUGGGAGAGCUCACCCAAACCAGGUUGCAGAAGAUCUGGAUUCCACACAGCAGUGGCAACAACAGGCUACAGCGGAGGAGGGGCUCAUCAAUACCCCAGUUUACCAAUUCCCCCACAAUGGUGAUCAUGGUGGGUUUACCAGCUCGAGGAAAGACCUAUAUCUCCACGAAGCUCACAAGAUAUCUCAACUGGAUAGGAACACCAACUAAAGUGUUUAAUUUAGGCCAGUACCGACGAGAGGCAGUGAGCUACAAGAACUACGAAUUUUUUCUUCCAGACAACAUGGAGGCCCUACAUAUAAGGAAGCAGUGUGCCCUGGCAGCCCUGAAGGAUGUCCAUGACUAUCUCAGCCAUGAGGAAGGUCAUGUUGCGGUUUUUGAUGCCACCAACACAACCAGAGAACGACGGUCACUAAUUCUGCAGUUUGCUAAAGAACAUGGUUACAAGGUCUUUUUCAUUGAGUCCAUCUGUAAUGACCCUGGCAUCAUUGCAGAAAACAUCAGGCAAGUAAAACUUGGCAGCCCUGAUUACAUAGACUGUGACCGAGAAAAGGUUCUGGAAGACUUUCUGAAGAGAAUUGAAUGCUAUGAGGUCAACUACCAACCCUUGGAUGAUGAACUGGACAGCCACCUCUCCUACAUCAAGAUCUUCGAUGUGGGCACACGAUACACGGUGAACCGAGUACAGGACCACAUCCAGAGCCGCACAGUCUACUAUCUCAUGAACAUCCACGUCACACCCCGAUCCAUCUACCUAUGCCGGCAUGGAGAGAGUGAACUCAACCUCAGAGGCCGCAUUGGAGGUGACUCUGGCCUCUCAGCUCGGGGAAAGCAGUACGCCUAUGCCCUGGCCAACUUCAUUCAGUCACAGGGCAUCAGCUCCCUGAAGGUGUGGACCAGCCACAUGAAGAGGACUAUCCAGACAGCUGAGGCCCUGGGUGUUCCCUAUGAGCAGUGGAAGGCCCUGAACGAAAUUGAUGCGGGUGUCUGUGAGGAGAUGACCUAUGAGGAAAUCCAGGAACACUACCCUGAAGAAUUUGCACUACGGGACCAAGAUAAAUAUCGCUACCGCUAUCCCAAGGGAGAGUCCUAUGAGGAUCUGGUUCAGCGUCUGGAGCCAGUUAUAAUGGAGUUAGAACGGCAGGAAAAUGUACUGGUGAUCUGUCAUCAGGCUGUCAUGCGGUGCCUCCUGGCCUAUUUCCUGGAUAAGAGUUCAGAUGAGCUGCCAUAUCUCAAGUGUCCUUUGCACACAGUGCUUAAACUCACACCUGUGGCUUAUGGCUGCAAAGUGGAGUCCAUCUACCUGAACGUGGAAGCCGUAAACACACAUCGGGAGAAACCUGAGAAUGUGGACAUCACCCGAGAACCUGAGGAAGCUCUGGACACUGUCCCUGCCCACUACUGAGCCUUUUUCAAGAAGUCAAACCGCCUUAGCUCUAUCUCUCACCUUUAAGAGCUUCUAUCCUUGCACUUCUUUUACCUUAAGACCCUGGACUUUGCCUACAGGUCUUGAUUUCUAGCUACAACAAAGGAGCUCUGUAGUUCUGAAUAAAACUUUUCCUUUCUUAAUUACCAAACCCUUAUCAAUAAAGACUUUUUUUGCUGCCUAUAAAAAGGGAGAAGAAGGGGGCGCCUAGGUGGCUCAGUGGGUUAAAGCCUCUACCUUCAGCUCAGGUCAUGAUCCCAGGGUCCUUGGAUUGAGCCCCACAUUGGGCUCUCUGCUCAGCAGGGAGCCUGCUUCCCCCUCUCUCUGACUGCCUCUCUGCUUACUUGUAAUCUCUGUCAAAUAAAUAAAUA